AUGGUGCUUGGCGUGAUCAGCGGCAUGAGGGUCUUGGCUUGGGCCAUGGUUCUCCUCGCGCCUUGGACCAAGGGGAAGACAGGGAAGGCCGCGGUACGAGUCUACGAUGUGGUGUUGAUUUUUGCAGCUGCCAUUUUCUUCACCAGCAUGUUCGGAGAAAGCUGCCUCGAAUUGAGAUCAGUGAGAUUUUCAAUGUUUACUCUUUUCCGCUGCUUUACGGAUGGCUGCGUGGACUACGAGGGAAAACCACUCUCUGAGAAGCUGCAUGAGAUUUAUGGCCUGUGGUUUGUUAUCCCUUAUGUCUUCCUCUUUGUGGGCGUGACCUUGGGCCUUUUCAACCUCAUCAUGGCCAUUUUCAUCGACAACGCCUGA